UCCUUUUGUUGGAACUGCUGCUGAACUAAUUUCAUCCUCCUUACACCCAAGCUUUGGACCAGCAAUGCAAGUGUAAAAGCUGAUUGUCAGUGUGUUUUAUUUAGAAUUAUAUGUAGCCUGCUUCUCAGGCCUUAAUUAUAGUGUCAACUUGUAGAGAAGUCAUUUUGGACACUGUUGCGAGCUUCUUUAUGUAGAUACUUGUUGACUAAGUGAAAGUUCAACAAUAGGAAAGGGCAACAUGAAUAACUUUCAAUUUGUUUGGUAUUUCAUGUCCUUGUUCAAAAUGGUAUUUAUUGUUGUUAAUUUGAAUUUUGUGGUGUACAUGGGUUGAAGUAAUUAUUUCAUCACUCUAGAAACCAGGGGGAUUGUUGGUAUUUUGGAGCCUGUAAUGAUAAUAAAGGCUGAUUCAGAGUUACCAAGACAUCAAUCUGCUUCACAUUCAGCAAGGGAUGAGCUAACAGAAUGGCAAAAUGCUUGGAGUGAGGAGGAUAAAAAAGGGACUGAAAUUCAGGGAAUUGACACAGAAGAGCCAUUCUGGGAGAAAUUGAAAUUAGCAGCAGAGAGGAAGGUUGGUGCAGCAGAAGCUGAGAAAUUCUGCAAGGCUUUCCAAGUUGUUCACAGGAAACUUGUGUAUGAAGAACUAAGUCUAGAUGUGGCACGGAACUUUAACAUCCGAUGACAGGUUCUAUGAAAAGCUAAUGCUGAAUUUUAGAAUAAACUUAAGUAGAUGGUUCAUUGGAUAUUAUUCUGGUUUGCCAUGUCAAAAAGUUGAAAAGAAAUAUAUAAUGAAUGAUGAUAUUGAUAAAUGAUGUUCUCACUGAAUUGGUAAGUGGCGAUAAAA